CUCAAAACGAGUGGUAUUCCCAGCUGAAGAUGGCCGGACGAGGACGAGAGCUUACCCUUCCUGCAUGGAUGCGCCAGCAGCAGCACCAGGAGGCGCCAGUACAGCCACCGCCGACCAUGCAUAUGCCUCGUCAUGACCCAAACAUCUACGCAGAUGCUGUUGAUCCGUCGAGGUCGAGUCGCACGGAUCGUGACGCUGGCUAUGGAAGCACUAGUUCGAGCUCGCGGGCGCGAGACGAGCCCCGUCGCGAGGGCCGCCGUGAAGAGUACUCGACGUCGCGCCAGGAAUACGGUCGUCGAGAAGAAGAACCGCGCCGCGAACACGACUACUCUCGACGCGAAGAAGUGCCUCCGUCAUCGUCGACGUCGCGCAGUAGCCGAGACGAUGCGCCGCGUAGCAGUCAUCGUAGCCACUAUGACUCUAGAUCCGAUAAGCCGCGCGACAGUGAUCGCCGGGGUAGUGACCGAGGAAGCGAUCGAGGCAGCGACCGUCGACGAAGGGAACGAAGCCGGUCCAGGGGAAGCAGUCGCCGCGACUAUGACGACUCCCGCAGCAGAGGUCGUGGUGUUAGCCGAAAGGGUGGCGAUUUCAAGAAGAUGGAGGGCUUUGGCACAUUGUCUCUCAGCGGCUCGGGUCGUGUCCGUGUUCGUCGCUUUGACAUUUUGCCACCGGGUGUCACACAAGAAACUGCCGCUGCGUACGCGGCAGAAGUGAUCAUGCAGGCCAAGCUUCAAGCCCUCUCCGGCAUCGUUGGUCCUGCAUCGUUUGGCCCGCCCACGAACGCCCACAUGCACCACCUCUCGUUUGGAGGCAGCCAGCACUCGCGGCACGCGCGUCGGUUGUAUGUAGGCGGGUUUGGCGAAAUCACGGAGGCCGAGAUCGAGCGAUUCUUCAACGAAGUCAUCGAUAAAGCCCUCGGGGAAGUCCAGGAGCAUGGUUCGGUCGUGUCGGUCUAUAUCAACCGCGAGCGGCACUUUGCUUUCGUCGAGCUCAAGACGAUCGAGUUGACGACGGCGUGCAUGGAACUGGACGGGAUCACGUAUCACGGGCAGCCGCUAAAGAUCCGACGGCCGAACGACUACAACCCAUCCGCCGUGAAAGAAACCGGUCCGAUCCCAAAGCUCAACGUGAACGCUCUCGGCAUCGUGUCGACGUCGGUGAGCGACGGCCCGGGCAAGAUCUUUGUCGGUGGUUUGCCGUACCAACUCAACGAAGAGCAAGUGAAGGAGCUCCUGCAAGCAUUUGGGCCGCUCAAGUCGUUCCACUUGGUGAAGGAGCUCAACAGUAAUUUAUCCAAAGGCUACGGGUUCUGCGAGUACUUGGACCCGAACAUCACCCAGAUUGCGUGCGCCGGUCUCAAUGAUAUGCAAGUCGGCGACAAGAUUCUCACCGUCCGCACCGCGCUGUCUGCGGGCGGCCUGUACCCUCCAUCGUUCAACCCGUCCACUGGCGCGAGUGAUAACCAGCCCCUCGCCAUCCCGAUGGCGAUUGUGCCGUCGAUCCCGCUCGGCCAGCCGUCCCGCGUCCUGGUCUUGCUCAACAUGGUCACGACCGACGACCUCACGGAUCCCGAAGAGUACCAAGAUAUUUGCGACGAUAUUCGAGCCGAGUGCGAGAAAUCGGGACCGAUUCAAGACAUGAUCGUCCCUCGCCCGAAUGAGCCGCAGUACCAACCGUCGUCGGUGUGUAAGGUCUUUGUGGCGUUCCAGGAAUUGAAAGCGGCAGAGACGGCCGCAAACGAACUGCACGGCCGAGGGUUUGCCAACCAGACGGUUGCCGUCGAGUUUAUGGACGAAGACAAGUUUAAUCGCCGCGACUUUUAGCUUUAUAAUCAAUUUUCCACCGCGUUGGUGUCGUGGCUUGGCGUGCUCA